AUGGAUGAAAUCCAGGAAAAUAAACGGGAAUUAUAUAGACGAAAUGAACAGAUCAUUCGAAGAUAUGAAGAAAAUGAAGCAAAAGUCAAAGAAGCAGCUGAGAAUAUCCGUCGAAAUUUUGAAUCUUCAAAGACUAGCAUCGGGCCAGCUAAUGAAUUACUUCGAUUUUUUUAUAUUCUCGAGCAACAGAGUCUCAGCGAUACAAACGAUAUCCGAAGAAAAACAAGGGCUGAUUUGGAAGAGUAUAUUAAUCAAUUUCGUCAAGACGAAGAAGAAGAAGAGGAGGAGGAGGAGGAGGAGGAAGAGGAGAGCAAUGAUGAUGAUCAACCAUCAGUUGACGUUUCACAACCAGUACCAAUAACUUCAUCGAAUGUGUCAUUACCUACAAUAGCGUCUACGUCAGCUCAGCUACCAGUGACUAUUCCAAUAGUUCCUUCACAAGUACCGACUGUCAUUUCUACACAACAAGCAUCACCUAUGAACAGAGCAUAUCUUUCGCCCGUCACUGCUCCCGAUUGUAUUAGACCAUCGACACUUGACGUAUACGAAGCAAUCUUAGUCGAAGUUAAACAAUAUGAAGCUCAGUAUGAGUCUAUACCAAAAGAGCGUGAGAGGCAGUUAGCUCAGCCGACUAGAGAUAUUCUAAAUAAACUUCGUGAAGAUACAUUUAAUAAACUAGAAGAAGACUUAUUCAAGUAUCUAAACGGUCAGAAGUAUUCUGUAAGCAACCAAGAUAUUGCUAUAGGAAAUAGUGCAGAACGUUUCUUAUGUUAUAAACGUCUUACCGAAUUGAUUCUUAGUCAAUUACUCGGCGGUGAUUUGAACGAUGUGAAAGCUCGAAUUCUGCUACCUUUAAUUGAUCACAUAAGUCGUCAUCCGCAACACAAAGAAUUUCGAACUAUAUUUCUCGAUGGUUUACACAAGAAAUGUCCGUAUACGGUGCCACUCUAUCCGAAACCGUUAUCGGCAACAAAUGAUGCAGAAUACUUGAAAGCAAUGGGUUAUACAGAAAAAAUGGAAAACAGGUUACCACGUUUAGAAACUGAAACUGAAUUUCUAAAUCGAAUGAGCGGAUUGAUUCGGUUAUUUUGGAAAUUAGCUGCCAAGAAGAUUCCUCCUUUCGAUAAAGAUUUAUCAUUCGGGUGGCAAUGGUGUUCGGAUGUUUUAAAUCUUCCGCCACGACCAAAUCUUACGGUACUUCUUUUACGAGUGUUUCUUGAUGAAGCUGGUGAAUUGAUGAUGGAAGCGUAUUCGAAACAAUUUUUGAAAUUGGUUAAAACCAUUGAAGCCAAUCUCACAAGACUUGGGGCAAACUCCAAUCCCAGUGACGUCGCGCGACUCGAGACAGCGAUACAAAAAUCUAAAGCAAAAAAUUUGAGUAAAUAUUGGCGACAAAGUCCGAAAAAUAUAAUGCAAAAUCCGUCGCUCGCGACUUUGCCAGUCGAAGUUAUCUAUCGUAUUCUGGACAAUCUAGAUAUACUAACAAUUUUAAUCUCAUUUCGUAAUGUAUGUACAAGACUCGACAGCAUCAUUGACGACUACCAUAGAUUUAAAGCGUGUACAAAGUUGGAUUUUACGCAUGAGAAAUUUGAUGAGCAAAGUCUUCACGAUUUGAUCCAUGGACUGGAAAACAAUCGUACAUUGAAAGAAUUACAUCUUCGUUGUAAGAAAAUCGAUGACCGGAAAAUAUGUUGUCUAAGCAAUGUAUUGCGGAAGAACACGACAUUAUUAAACUUGAUUCUGUCGAACAAUCUGAUUCGAAGUAAAGGUGCUCAACAUAUUGCGGAUCUUUUAAACGAAAACAAAAUGCUUCAAAAACUUGAUCUCGGAUGGAAUAGUAUUGGUUGUGACGGUGUGUUCUACAUUGCCAAUGCAUUACGUGACAAUCACAUAUUAACAGAGUUAUGUCUCGAAAUCAACAACAUUGGAAAUCAGGGUGUAGAAUAUCUUUCAGAUGCUCUCCGAAAUAAUACAACACUGAUAAGACUCGUUCUUUCCAAUAAUAACAUCGAUAAUGAAGGUGCACGAUCUUUGGCAGAUAUGCUCGAGCAAAAUCAGAGUUUGACAACGUUGGUUCUAUCAGAGAACAAAAUCGAUUCUAACGGAGUGAAAUACCUAGCAAAUGCAUUGUACCACAACGAAGCUCUAACUAGAUUGAAUCUUCGAUUGAAUCGGAUUGAUUCGACUGGAGCACAAUACUUUGCAGAUGCUUUAAUUCGAAACAAGACGUUGGUUGAACUUCAUCUCGGAUGGAAUCAAAUUGACAAUCAAGGAGCAGAAGCUUUUGCAAAUAUGCUGAACUAUAAUCGAACAUUGGGUGUUUUACAUAUUGGAUACAACAAAAUUGAUUGUCAAGGUCGACAACAACUUACUGAUGCUAUAUUGAAAGCUCAGUCAUUGGUCGACCUACAUUUGGCUUCCUACAACAGAAAUAUAUGA